AUCCGGCGUCAACUGCUGGGCUGGCGUUUCAGUGGCGUUUCUCGGGCACUUGCUGUUCAUUCCAACCUAAACGACUUCCACCAUUUUCCUGCCGAGUUUCGAGAUGAAUGAAGCUGGCGAGCAUUCCACUGUUCAAUUCUAGCCAGGAAAGUGGACGUGCACGGUACAUAUUUCCGUGCGGUUCCGACAAUCGCAACCGAACCGAGUGUGUGCCUUUUCGUGACGAUUUUUUGCACCCUUUUGCGUGUGUGAGUGAGUGUAUGUGCGCAGGGGGGCAGGUACAGAAGUCAUUCAACCUGAAACAAAAUCGAUGCACCGCCGCCGCCGUCGCCGUCGCUGCGUUGUGCAAUUUUUGUUGUAGCUUUCAGUGUGUUGUGUGUGUGCGUGCGUGUACGUAUGUUUUCCGGAAAGAGGAAAAGAAUUUAAAGUUAAUACUGGCCCACAAGUUGCUGGAGUCUUGAUGGGUGAAGUGAAAAUAGCGUGCGGAAAUUAGUGAAUCGGAGGAGACGCGUUAGCCCAUUCACCUGUGCCUGCAAUUCUAUUCCCUGUGCAUUCCACACGGUGUCACACUGUCGAAUCCUAGGGGCAACAACAAUCCGUGUAUACAACUGUGUGCCACACAUUUGCCCCAUUUGCUAAUGACGACAGUAGCAGCAGCAACACCAGCAGCACCAACCAUCACCACCAUCAUCACCACCUCACCACGGUCGUCUCGAUGGGCACGAUGAUGGAAACGGAAUCGGUCAAGUCGGAACCGGGCAGCAAAAGCAGACGAUCGCGCACAUCGCAAAACCACCAGCAGCAGCAGCCACCGUCACAGCAGCAGCACAGUACGCUCGGUUCGCACCGGACGCGCCAUUCGCACCGGAGCAGCAGCAACAACCAUUCGCGCAGCGGCAGCAACAACAAGCGCCCCGACAUGGCCCCGUUCCAGACGAGCGUCAACCUGGGCGACGACGGGCGGGACGGGCAGGAGAUCAUCGAGGUGUCGAUCCUGCCGCAGGACGAGACGUGGGGCGACAACACGACCGCCAUCACGGGCAACACGUCCGAGCAGAGCAUCUCGAUGGAGGACGUCAGCUACUUCCAGAUGGCGGACGACCGGGGGGUCGGCUUCGCCUGCCAGCGCUACCUCGAGCGGGGGCUGGCGGUGAUGCUGUGCGCGGUCGCGUUCGUGAGCCCGCUGGCCAUGGUCGUGCUGCCGCGCGUCGGCUUCUUUCCGGCCGCGUUCGAAAGCCUGGACCUGUCGCAGAACGAGCGGCUGCGGCUGCUGGCCUGCAAUGCGGAGUGCAAGGGCAUGCUGGUGUCGCUGGCCGCCCGGUUGCUGCUGCUCGCGAUCGGGCUGUGGGCGCUGUUUCUCCGCCAGCCGGCCGCCAUCAUGCCGCGCAUCUUUCUGUUCCGCUCGUGCGCCCUGCUGCUGGUGCUGAUCUCCUCCUUCGCCUACUGGCUGUUCUACAUCGUGCAGGUGACCGAGGGCGCCCGGGCGAUCGUGUCCGGCUCGUCCGUGGUCGACUACCGAACGCUGGUCGCGUACGCCACCAGCUUCUGCGACACGCUGCUGUUCGUGCACUACGUGGCGGUGGUGCUGCUCGAAAUCCGCCACCUGCAGCCGCUCUACCACGUGAAGGUGAUCCGCAGUCCGGACGGCGAGUCGCACAGCUACAGCAUCGGGCAACUCAGCAUCCAGCGGGCGGCCGUGUGGGUGCUGCAGCGAUACUACACCGAGUUCAGCAUCUACAACCCGUACCUGGAGCGGCUGCCCGUCUCGAAAGCGCAGCGGAAGGCGGCCGCCGUCUCCUCCUUCAAGUACUACGACGUGGACGGGGCGACGCCGGCCCAGCAGCAGAGCCAAUCGCGCGCCGUGCUGGCGGCCCACGCCCGUCGCCGCGAUUCCUCCCACAACGAGCGCUUCUACGAGGAGCACGAGUACGAGCGGCGGGUGAAAAAGCGCCGCGCCCGGCUGGUCACCGCGGCCGAGGAAGCGUUCACGCACAUCAAGCGCAUGCAGCAGCCUUCCUCCCCGCAGCAGCAGCAGCACGAUCAGCAAGGUGAUGGUAGUGGGGCGGCCCCGCCCGCCAUCCCACUCGACCCGCAGGAAGCGGCCCAAGCGAUCUUCCCCUCGAUGGCGCGCGCGCUGCAGAAGUAUCUGCGCGUCACCCGCCAGCAGCCGCGCCACACGGUCGAAUCGAUCCUGAAGCAUCUGGCGCACUGUCUCAAGCACGACAUGUCGCCGCGUGCCUUCCUCGAGCCGUACCUGGUCGAGGCGCCGGUCCUGCAGAACGACAAGGAGCGCCGCACCAACCACAACUGGGCGCUGAUCUGCGACGAGCUACUGUCCCGGCCGCUCUCCGACGGCUGCACCUUCCAGCUGAUCCAGAACGACGUCUCGCUGACGGUUUCGAUCCACCGGAUACCGCACUUCACCGUCAGCGAGGAGGUGGUCGACCCGAAGUCGAACAAGUUCGUGCUGAAGCUCAACUCCGAGACGAGCGUGUGACCGCGUGCGGUGCGCAACCGGAAAGGCGGGGCCGCACCGCCAGUGGCCGACCAGUGGCAGCGGGCCGAGAUUUUGCAGCAGCUGAACCAUCUGCUCGUUACUGGCAAGCGUCGCAAUCGGAAGAUUCAGGACCGGUUGGUUUGAAUUGGGGACGCGCGCGUGAGUGUAUGAUUUAAGUUAGCACAAAAGGACACAACUCUUGGCGGAUAUUGUGUAAUGCGGUAAGAGAAGCUAGUUUUUUAGGCAGCUUGGUCCAUCCCGUUCAGUUUUGACUCGCCAAAGAGCAGUAGAUAGGGUAGCACGCGUCGCAGGGAAUCGGAAGCCUCAAGCAUCAAGCAAAAGGGAACAACAAGGGAGCGCUGCCCCACAUAUCCAAGACACACAUUAGCUUUUAAUGAUAGGAACUUUGUCUCUAUCGCUCUCUUCCUCUCCUUUACACAGAACAGAAACACGCACUCCCGUUGGUGUGCAGAGAAACGGAAUUCAGCAUGGAAAGAGACCCCCCGAAGGGAUACGGUCCGCGCCACCCAGGGUGGCUAAUGACGACCGUUGGGGUUGGUGUUGGUGGCUUUUGCCUUUCUGGACGACACGUUUAAUGAAGACACACACUCUGGUAGAAGUGGACGAUCUCUUACGGUGGUGCGCGCACAAACGCAACCUAACCCAAGAAUCAUUCCGUCGAUCGAACUCUCAAACGAACGUUUCUGAGUGUACCCCUUGAGUUUAAUUCGUUUUUGAUCGUAACGAGCCCUGCUUUUUAUUGCUCCCGGGAAUAUUUGUUCGACGCAUUGGGAAUGGCACAGCCAUGAGAGCCGCAUGAUGGCACACAACAGUGUGUGUCUGUUUGUCGUUCGUUUCGUUGUUGUUUAUUGGAAAACAAUCGACUUCCUCCUCGGCGGAAACACGACGUCAACGAAGCAUCUUUUGUCGUUAAAAAGCAUCCAGCCCCUUUCCAUCCGCCGUCUUAAUUAUUCGCCAGAGCUCUUUCUGCUAGACAGUGUGCUUUCGUCUCGUUGCUUCUUGUGGCAACAUUGAUGGCUUCUCAAUCUUCCCACCGAAUCCAACAACACGAUGGCUGCUUUUCACCAUUUCUUUCCCAUCAAUUUCCCGGCCAAACUGUGAAUCGAGGGAGAGAGACACACACACAGGUGUUUUCUCGCGAGAUAGUGUAGCCCUCAGACCUUCGCACAAGCGCUUCUUUGUAGAGGUUUUUUGAAUCGAAUGGCAACCGGGACGAAUCGAAUUUGUUGCUACCAUACAGACAACAGCACAGCCGUGUGUUCUUCGACUCACGAUUCUGUGAAGAAUUUAAAGGAAGAAGCGAUUCGAAUCAAAUUCAGCCUGCGGACGGGAAACAACGAGUACAAUCGAGUGUGGAAAAUUGGAUUCGCGCGCGCAUCCUUUUGCUUCCAUCAAUCAGCACACGAUCGGCCCGGGUUGGUCUGUGAAAUUAGGCUGUACGGUAUUUAUGGGAUGAUGUUGCUCUAUCGCGCCUCUAGCAGGAAUUCCAUCAUCUUGGGAGCUCGCCUAAAAGCUUCCACCUGAAAUUAGCGAUGCAAAUCGUGUGUCUUAGAAGAACGUAUGCUUGUUGCUGCCUCUUGUCCCCGCCGGUUGGGUCGCUUGGCAAAUUAAUAUGUAACGCUCGUUCAAGACAUACAUUCCUUGUUUUGUCAUCUCGAACAAUGUUUCUUCGGUGCUACGUGUGUGCCGUCAGGAAGUUUUGCUAGGCGGCGCAAAUCGUCCACUAUAAUGUGUCGCGUAGUAUUUUUUUUAUUUUUGGGAACGAUCAUCACGCAGCAGCACCAGCACCAGUAGAUGGAAAUCAAAUGGUAGGCGCAAUCCAAGAUCAAAGCAAAAAGCCCGCGGCCACAAUCGCAAAUCGCCCAUUCCUCUUAGGUGGAAGUAAGAGGGGAUAGUUUCUGCGGCUUUUUGGACCGCUCAUGUGUGUGUGUGUGUGUGAAGAGGGUGAAUAAAUUGGACCGAUCGGAAGGGUGAAGAUGGUCAGUGCAGUACAA